UAUGUCAUACAUAUAUCACUUUUUUACAAUUAGUAACACUUAAAACGUCUAAAUUCCAUUACAAUGGCGGCUAUGUCCCCAUCUCAGCGGAGAUUACAAAAAGAACUAAUGUCUUUAAUAAGAGAACCACCUCCAGGAGUAACGGUAGACGGAGACCAAGCCAGCCAAAAUCUGACAUUAUGGACAGUUCAUAUGGAAGGUGUUCCUGGCACACUUUAUGAAGGAGAACAAUUUGUAUUGCAGUUUAAAUUCACAAAUAAAUACCCCUUCGAUUCUCCUGAGGUGACGUUCGUAGGCAACAACAUUCCCGUACAUCCGCACGUGUACUCCAACGGUCACAUUUGUCUGUCGAUAUUGACUGAUGACUGGUCGCCGGCGCUGUCAGUGCAGUCCGUGUGCCUCUCUAUAGUCUCCAUGCUUAGUAGCUGUAAGGAGAAGAAGCGGCCACCGGACAACUCAUUUUAUGUUAAGACCUGUAACAAAAACCCUAAGAAAACAAAAUGGUGGUAUCACGAUGACUCCGUGUAACGUCACGUCGCGCCGCCUUAUCGAGCUUGGACGAUUAAAUCUCAAUAUGUGAUAAGUGUUAUAUCGGCGUGGUGUGUGUACAUAGUGAUUGAGUGCCGCGGACUGACGUUGGACUGACGACGUUGUUAAAUCGCGAGUGCCCUGUGCUCUGUGUUCUCUGUUUUCUGUUCUUGUGCCCACGAUUAAAAAACAGAGUGGAAUCUUUUCAGAUAGUGCUCAUUCUGGAAGAGUGCUCUGUGCUCUGUGUUCUAUUUGAGUGCACACGAUUACAAAUGUAGAGUAAAACCUUUUCGGACAACGCUCAUUCUGGAAAGUCGUAAACUAUGUACUCUGAUAUCACGGUCUGGCUAUAGUGGAUCAUUAAUAUUUUUAAAUUCACUUAUUCUCUGUGGUCUGUUUAAAAGUACGUUAA